UGCAAAGGCUAUAAAAACUGUGUGUAUCCAAAGAUCUGUCCUACUAGGCAGCUGCGACUUCAACCACAGCUUCUGUUAUCUAAGAGGACUCUUUAUCAAACCGCCUGUCACCAUGGCCCACCGAUUUCCUGCCCUCACUGCAGAACAGAAGAAGGAGCUCUCUGAUAUUGCCAAGCGCAUCGUUGCCAAUGGAAAGGGCAUCCUGGCUGCAGAUGAAUCUGUAGGCACCAUGGGAAACCGCUUGCAGAGGAUCAAGGUGGAAAACACGGAGGAGAACCGCAGACAGUUCCGUGAAAUCCUCUUCACGGUGGACAAUUCCAUCAACCAAAGCAUCGGGGGAGUGAUCCUUUUCCAUGAGACCCUCUAUCAGAAGGACAGCCAGGGAAAGCUGUUCAGAAACAUCCUCAAGGAGAAGGGCAUCGUCGUGGGCAUCAAGUUAGACCAAGGAGGUGCUCCCCUUGCAGGAACAAACAAAGAAACCUCCAUUCAAGGGCUCGAUGGCCUCUCAGAGCGCUGUGCUCAGUACAAGAAAGAAGGUGUUGACUUUGGGAAGUGGCGUGCUGUGCUAAGGAUUGCUGACCAGUGCCCCUCCAGUCUUGCUAUUCAAGAAAAUGCCAAUGCCCUGGCCCGCUACGCUAGCAUCUGCCAGCAGAAUGGACUGGUACCCAUUGUUGAGCCAGAGGUAAUUCCUGAUGGAGACCAUGACCUGGAACACUGCCAGUAUGUGACAGAGAAGGUCCUGGCUGCAGUCUACAAGGCCCUGAAUGACCAUCAUGUUUACCUAGAGGGCACCCUGCUAAAGCCCAACAUGGUGACUGCUGGACAUGCCUGCACCAAGAAGUAUACACCAGAGCAAGUGGCUAUGGCCACCGUCACGGCUCUCCACCGCACUGUUCCUGCAGCUGUUCCUGGCAUCUGCUUUUUGUCUGGUGGCAUGAGUGAAGAGGAUGCUACUCUUAAUCUCAAUGCCAUCAACCUUUGCCCACUGCCAAAGCCCUGGAAACUGAGUUUCUCCUAUGGACGGGCCCUGCAGGCCAGUGCAUUGGAUGCCUGGAAUGGCAAGGCUGCAAACAAGAAGGCAACCCAGGAGGCCUUCAUGAAGCGGGCUGUGGCUAACUCCCAGGCAGCUAAAGGACAGUAUGUUCACACAGGCUCCUCUGGUGCUGCUUCUACCCAGUCACUCUUCACUGCCUGUUAUACCUACUAGGCCCUGAUGCCCACCAGCCUGGCUCCAGCUCUUCUAGGUGUCUGGGUAGGAGAGUCGACAGGGAACAAUCUUUCAAUCAGUCCUGGAAAUUAGAAAAAAUUAGAUUGGAAACUUCUGGAAAAACAAUAUGUGCUAAAUUUCAGACACAGGGGAGAAACUAACUCAGUUGUUAAAAUAUAAAUAUGAAUAUCAAAGAUCUGAUGACUUUCACACAAUAGUUUCCUUACACUUCCAGCUCCCCAGGCUCAAGAGUAUUCAUCCAAGAAAAGAACAGUCAAAAAAAAAAAAAAAAAACAGUUCUCCUUCCAAAUAACAACUACAGAGUAAAACAUCUCAAAAGCUGAAGGGAAAGCAGAUCUUAUGAAAAACCUUAGCACUGGAAGGUUAUGAAGGAGACAACUGCAACCUAAAAAUAAAUAAAAUGUUCUGUAACUCUUC